ACCGAAUGCCCUUUACGACCGUGAAUUGCGUAAAAUAUUGUCGUGGCGGCUGCAUCUAUAAAAACUAAAGGUGGAAGAAUAAAAACGGACGACGCCAUUUAGUCUUCUGAAUAGAGACAGAUAGAGAUGGAGAAUCACACGAAAGAGGAGCUGCAAGACCCAACCAUGCAAGUUUCAUCUCUUAAUUGCAUCGAUCUCGCCAACGAUGAUCUUCAUCAUUCUGUUGUUUCCCUCAAACAGGCAUGUUUGGAUUGUGGAUUUUUCUAUGUGAUCAAUCACGGUAUAAACGAGGAGUUCAUGGAUGAUGUUUUCGAGCAGAGCAAGAAGCUUUUCGCUCUUCCUUUAGAGGAGAAGAUGAAAGUUCUGAGAAACGAAAAGCACCGAGGCUAUACACCAGUUCUUGAUGAAAUCUUAGAUCCUGAGAAUCAAGUUAAUGGAGAUCAUAAAGAGGGUUAUUACAUUGGAAUUGAAGUUCCUAAAGAUGAUCCUGAUUAUGAUAAACCAUUCUAUGGCCCCAACCCUUGGCCUGAUUCUGAUGUAUUGCCUCAGUGGCGAGAAACCAUGGAGAAAUAUCACCAAGAAGCAUUGAGGGUUUCUAAGGAUAUUGGAAGAUUACUGGCGUUAGCACUUGAUUUGGAUGCGAAUUACUUUGAUACCCCGGAGAUGCUUGGAAAGCCUAUUGCAACUAUGCGAUUACUGCAUUAUGAAGGGGUUUCUGAUCCGUCGAAAGGAAUAUAUGCUUGUGGAGCACAUACUGAUUACGGAAUGAUGACUCUAUUAGCCACUGAUGGUGUAAUGGGCCUCCAGAUAUGCAAAGAUAAGAACGCCAAGCCUCAGAAGUGGGAAUAUGUACCGGCGAUUAAAGGAGCAUAUAUAGUGAAUCUUGGAGAUAUGCUGGAACGUUGGAGCAAUGGCUUUUUCAAAUCCACGUUACAUCGGGUUCUUGGGAACGGUCAGGAACGAUAUUCUAUUCCGUUUUUCGUGGAACCAAAUCAUGAAUGUCUGGUGGAGUGUCUCCCAACUUGCAAGUCCGAAAGCAACGUUCCCAAAUAUCCAGCGAUCAAAUGUUCGACAUACCUCACCCAACGUUACAAGGAAACACAUGCAGAGUUAAGCAUUUACAAUCAAGAAAUAUGAAUACUCUUUUCGAUCAACAUUACAAGGGAGAGUACUGGAGUAAAUUGGUAGUAUGUAAUAUAAGGUCAAAGCGAAGCCGUAAUAAAUGUUGUAAGAUAAGUAAAUUUUUUUUACAGGCACACCAUCUCACUUACAUCUGCUUA